AACAAUCAUUGAUCCAAACCCAAAACCCCAUUUAACAGAAUUUUCUUUUAGUGGAAUCUUCUUUGUCUCGAAAAUAAAAGAAAUGGGAUUAAGUUUUAGAGAUAAAGCCUGGAUUUUUGUGGCGAUUCUUUGUUGUUCAUCAUUGAAUUUUUCAGUAAAAGCUACAGUUUCUUAUGAUCGAAAAGCUGUGAUCAUCAAUGGGCAAAGAAGAAUCCUUCUCUCUGGUUCCAUUCACUAUCCACGAAGCACCCCUGAGAUGUGGCCUGGUCUUAUACAGAAAGCCAAAGAAGGAGGCUUGGAUGUUGUAGAGACUUAUGUUUUUUGGAAUGGCCACGAACCUUCUCCUGGAAAUUAUUAUUUUGGAGACAGGUAUGAUUUGGUUAAGUUUAUCAAAUUGGUUCACCAAGCUGGUCUUUAUGUCAAUCUCAGAAUUGGCCCUUAUGUCUGUGCUGAAUGGAAUUUCGGGGGAUUUCCGGUUUGGCUCAAAUUUGUUCCUGGUAUGGCAUUUAGGACGGAUAAUGAACCCUUCAAGGCUGCAAUGAAAAAAUUCACUGAGAAGAUUGUAUGGAUGAUGAAAGCAGAAAAGUUGUUUCAAACACAAGGGGGACCCAUCAUUCUUGCACAGAUUGAGAAUGAGUAUGGACCAGUGGAAUGGGAGAUUGGAGCACCAGGAAAGGCUUACACAAAAUGGGUAGCUCAAAUGGCAUUAGGACUCUCAACAGGUGUUCCAUGGAUUAUGUGCAAGCAAGAAGAUGCUCCUUCUCCUAUUAUAGACACAUGCAAUGGUUAUUACUGUGAGAAUUUCAAACCAAACUCAAGCAACAAGCCCAAGAUGUGGACAGAGAAUUGGACUGGUUGGUACACAGAGUUUGGAGGUGCUGUACCAUACAGACCAGUCGAAGAUAUUGCGUACUCCGUUGCACGAUUCAUACAAAACGGAGGUUCUUUCGUCAAUUACUAUAUGUAUCAUGGAGGGACGAAUUUUGACAGAACAGCCGGUGAAUUCAUGGCCUCAAGCUAUGACUACGACGCUCCUCUAGAUGAAUACGGCUUAACAAGAGAACCAAAGUACAGUCACUUGAAAGCAUUGCAUAAAGUCAUCAAACUCAGCGAGCCAGCUUUGGUCUCUGCUGAUGCAACCGUCACAUCGCUUGGAGCUAAACAAGAAGCUCAUGUGUUCUGGUCUAAAUCCUCUUGUGCUGCGUUUCUAUCGAACAACGAUGCGAAUUCUGCAGCGAGAGUUAUGUUUCGUGGAUUCCCAUAUGAUUUGCCUCCUUGGUCAGUCAGUAUUCUACCUGAUUGCAAAACAGAAUAUUACAACACCGCAAAGGUUAACGCACCAAGAGUACACAGGAAUAUGGUUCCAACUGGUACCAGAUUCUCUUGGGAAUCAUACAACGAAGCGGCUCCUUCUGCGAAUGAAGCUGGUACGUUUGCAAAAAACGGGCUAGUGGAACAGAUAAGCAUGACUUGGGACAAGACUGACUAUUUCUGGUAUCUGACAGACAUUACAAUUGGUGCUGGAGAGAGGUUUUUGAAGACUGGUGAUUACCCUCUUCUUACAAUAUGGUCAGCUGGACAUGCUCUUCAUGUGUUUGUCAAUGGUCAGCUUGCAGGAAGUGCUUAUGGAGGACUUAGCCACACUAAACUAACCUUUAGCCAGAAGAUCAAACUACAUGCAGGUGUUAACAAGCUUGCUCUCUUGAGUGUUGCAGUGGGUCUACCGAAUGUCGGUACACACUUUGAGAAGUGGAAUAAAGGGGUUCUUGGACCGGUCACACUGAAAGGAGUUAACUCGGGAACAUGGGAAAUGUCAAAAUGGAAAUGGUCUUAUAAGAUUGGUGUUAAGGGUGAAGGUUUGAGUCUUCAUACCGACAGUUCCACCGUGAGAUGGAAUCAAGGAUCAUUAGUGGUCAAGAAGCAACCAUUGACCUGGUACAAGUCUACUUUUACCACACCGGCAGGAAACGAACCAUUGGCUUUGGACAUGAACACAAUGGGGAAAGGUCAAGUUUGGAUAAACGGUCGAAACAUUGGACGUCAUUGGCCUGCUUAUAAAGCUCAAGGAAACUGCGGGCGAUGCAACUACGCCGGAACUUUCGACGCAAAGAAAUGUCUGAGUAAUUGCGGCGAAGCUUCUCAAAAAUGGUAUCAUGUACCUCGUUCAUGGCUCAAGUCUCAGAACCUUAUAGUUGUGUUUGAAGAGUGGGGUGGUGAUCCUAAUGGAAUCUCCCUGGUCAAAAGAACAUGAAGCUUCUUCUGAUUCCGAGUUUACAGGACAGAAGAAAGCUGUUUGAUUGUUUUGUCUCUUUUGGCUCUGCUUUGGAGAUAAGAGACAGACCUAGAUAAAAAAAAAAAUUGUGCAGUUAUUACAACAAUAAUUCAACAUGUAUAUUACUGGUUAUUCAAUAGCCAAAUAAAAUAAUAAAUGAGGGUU